AUGUUCUUAACUCGAAGUGAAUACGAUAGAGGUGUAUCCACCUUUUCACCAGAAGGAAGACUUUUCCAAGUUGAAUAUUCUCUCGAGGCCAUUAAAUUAGGAUCAACUGCAAUUGGUAUCCAGACCAGUGAAGGUGUCAUAUUAGGAGUUGAAAAACGUGUCACCUCAUCUCUACUUGAAUCUUCGUCUAUUGAAAAGAUUGUCGAAAUAGAUCAUCAUAUAGGAUGUGCCAUGAGUGGAUUGACUGCAGAUGCUAGAUCGUUGAUUGAUCACGCUCGUGUAUCCAGUUUGACACACAAUUUGUAUUAUGAUGAAAACAUUGGUGUUGAAAGCUUAACCCAAAGUGUUUGCGAUUUGUCAUUGAGGUUUGGGGAAGGUGCCGAUGGUGAAAAGAGAUUGAUGUCGAGACCGUUUGGUGUUGCUUUAUUGAUUGCAGGAUUUGAUAAGGAAAAAGGUCCUCAAUUAUACCAUGCCGAGCCAUCGGGAACCUUUUACAGAUACGAUGCCAAGGCAAUCGGCUCUGGAAGUGAAGGUGCUCAAGCUGAGUUGAACAAUGAAUACCACAAGAGUUUGAGUUUGAAAGAUGCAGAGUUGUUGGCGUUGAAGAUUUUGAAACAAGUUAUGGAAGAAAAAUUGGAUUGCAAAAAUGCACAAUUGGCCAGUGUUACAGAAUCAGAAGGGUUUAAAAUAUACAGUGACGAGAAAACGGACGCAAUUAUAAAGGUUUUGAAUGAACAAGCUACGGAUGAAGAUACCUUGAUGAGCUAA